CUCAAUCUCAGGAACUUGAAGUAGAACAGAGAUGAAACUCGAAGCAGGAAGCAAAAUAGUAUCAAGCUAUUGGAUGGAGACACGUUUGUGUCAUGUGAGUAGACAUGACAGAAACAGCUUUUCUUAAAUUAUUUGUGGCAAUCGUGGUCACAUUCAUUUUAGUCUUGCCAGAAUUUUUCAAGACACCCAAAGAAGGAAGAGUUUUUGCAGAAUCCACGUCAGCUGUACUUCCUGGGCCUGACAGUGCUGUGUUUGUUCUCCAUGUUGACGCGUGCCAUUUAGAUGUCUGUUGCUUUUGCUGCCUUCCCAAACUGGAAAGAGAAAGAACACUCGCCUGCCGGGAAGUGUGUUCAUUACCCAAUCUCACCUAUCUGCUUCCCUCCUUCAAUUUUUCUUCGGCGACUUUUCUGCACCCGGCAGAGGAAACACAGACUGUUAUAGGACUCUUCCCAAACCACUCCAGUGUCCAAAGCUUCACUGAGAGUUGCCAAGGCAUCACGAAUGGAUUUCCGAUGUGCUCCUUGUGUUUGGUCUGCGAAUCCAAAGGAGACGUGGAUUUCAUUUCUCAGGAACAAAUAUCAAAAGGUCUCCUCACGACAGGAUCCAUGGAAGUGAAGGCAAAUGACUUUUACUCACCCUGCCAGCACUAUAAUGUCACCGUCGCUCUCCUGGUUGACCCUAUGAAGGAAUACAACACUACCUGUACCCCUGAAGCCCACCCUGGGAAACCCACAGGUGUAGAAGAUCCACCCCAGGGAGAUUCUCUAAACCACACUUGUGGAAUUAUGGAGAACACGAGCAAUUGUACUCAUGUUUCCUUGCACCUGGCAAUAGAUGUGAGAUCUGUCACUUGUUCCGUGAAGAUCACUUGGUACAUUUUAGUGCUAUUAGUUUUUAUGGUCGGCAUCAUCCUCAUCAUCUACAAAAUCCUUGAGGGCCACAGGAGAGUGCAGAGGUGGCAGAGUCGUAAACCCAAAUCUGCAUCCGUUCUCUUAAGAGGAAGUGGCUCUGUGAAGCUGAGUGUCUUGAGUGUGACGGCUAUUCCAGAGUCCACGGGAGGGCUGCCCUCAGUGCGGAUCAUGGAGGUGCUACCCCCAAUACCAGAACUCGAAGUCACUUCUGCAGUGUACCAGCAAGAUCAAUAUACAGGGCUAUCCUUGGACAAUCUGGACCAAAGACUUUGAAGAGUUUGGGUCCAGCUGAGAAAGUACUGAUAGGUGAAUGGCAGCGAAGAGACCCUGGCUGCUGAGAACUGGAGAGCGUCUAUCUGACCCAGGAGACCAAGGAGACGGGAGUGCAUAAGAGCUGCCGUGAGCCAAAGAAACAAGCUGGUGGAGCUCAUGGGAGAGCAAGCGGGUGCUGACCGCUUCCAGCCAUCACUACCUGCUCCGUGUGGGGCUGAGGGCUCAGUGUGGGCCUGGGGACUUUAUCUUGAGGAACCAAGAAUGACCAAGCAUGAAAGUCCUCUCACUGGGUCAUGUUUCAGGCGCAGGAUGGUUUUCUCCUACACAGAUGGACAGUUUCUAUUGGGUAAACCACCUAAGAGCACCUGUGUAUUUGUUCAUACAUUUGCAUUUAUAAAUGUUGCCUCCUUUUGGCAUAAGACCAUUUUUUUUUUCAAAAAAAGUUCAAGGAUACUGAAAUAAAAAGUACUUACAUGAAA